GUCAGCCUUCAGGAUAACCAGGCCUUAAUAAUUUUUUCCCCGAGUGAAAUCACUACAGCCGAAGUUGUUGAAGCGGUGUCAAAUAUUGGAUUUGAUGCUGACCUGCUCACAACGCACCUUGAUUCGGGUCCUGGCAGAGCUGCAACCAAAUCCUAUUCUCCAUUCCUCGAUAACAGCAACAACGUUGUUUUUUAUCAGUAUUUGAAUCUUAGUUCUUCUGACAUCUCAUCAGCAAUCGAAUUUUUGUAUACCGUUCCGGGAGUUUUGCUUGUGUCCAACCUGGAGAAUGUAAAUCAACUUAAGGUUUGGAGUCUGGCAAAUGGCAUAUCAAAUGCAGGUGGUAAAUUCACUCCCACACAGUCACCUUGCUCUCUAUCCUCCUUCAUCGUAGACAUUCUUUCCGAGUUGACUCAACAUGGCUUCGCGGUUAGCGCAGUUAGGGGCAGUUCGAUGGAGUCGACGCUUGCUGAGUUCGACCCUCUGGAUAUUCCACUGCACGUGCCAACAGACACCGCGUCUCUGAUUGUCGAUUGUGUUCCCUCACAGGACAUCGAGGUCCUGCGACAACUCCCUGGCCUGCCAUCGCUAACCAGUCUGGUCGUCUGCCAGACUCCGGUGGCCUGGCGUCACCUCGUCCGACUUCCAAAGGAUGCCAACGCACACUCACUUGCCGAGACAUUGACUAACGCUGGUUUUCCAUCCGCCACGAUAGUCCCUGAUGGGUCCAGUUUCGAAGUAAGGCUCCUGUUCAAGUCAAUUUUCAUCAAAGCAUGUUCAUCUAUGCUUUUUGGACCCUUGUCGAAGUAUCGCGAUGACCUGCUGACCGUUCAGAUUGCAAUUUCGUUAAACGGGGUCAGUUUGAAGCAGAGUGAGAAGGAGGUCUUGGAUGCUCUCAGUACGGUGCUUCCAGCCGAUGCCUUUGAUGCGUUUAUACGGCAAGAUGAAAUUCGUCUGGUUCCGCAUGUUCAAGCGUCGCUAGCCACAGACUUGUUGGCGAGCCUCCGUUUGGACGCCCUGCGCGACACCAUCGUGGAACUUGGCUCCACCUCUCACCCAACGGACCAAUGUACCCUCGUCUCUGGUGAGCACUACUCCUUAUAUGUCGAGGAUGAAUCGGACUCAGAAAUUUUGCACAUUGAAGAAGAACUCGUAAUGUUUGGGGUCACCGGAAACAGGAGCGCCUCACCACACUGUGCGUCGCCAUCACGACAACCCGACGCCGAUAUGGUCACGAUCGACUUGGACGACGCCGAUGUACCACCGACUAACCACACCAAGCGCUGCUACCUCCGUGUUACCGGGAUGACUUGUAGCAGUUGUGUCCACACCAUUGAAAGCGCGCUUCUAAAGAUGCCAGGAGUCAGCUUCGCCUUGGUUGGUUUGCUUUCAAUGAAGGCUGAGGUCACCUACGACCCCACUCUGAUUGAACCCUCCGCCCUAGCAGAACGAAUCGAUGACCUUGGUUUUUCUGCUGAGGUCAUCAAGGUAGUUGGCGCUGCUCCCUCCUCCAACGAACCCGAGUCUCAGACACUCGAUCUCACGAUUACAGGAAUGACGUGCAGCUCCUGUGUGCAUUCGAUUGAGUCAGCCCUCAUGAAGAUGCCCGGCAUCACAUCUGCCUCGGUCGCGCUCGCAACGAAACGCGGCAAGAUCGUCUACGACCCCAACACCAUCGGAUUGAGGUCCAUUGUUGAAGCCGUCGAGGCAAGCAACUCUAUGUUAUUCAUAACUUUAACGCUACUCAAAUCAUCAGAGGUUUCUUUUAAACCAAACUUGGCUCUAUCGCCACGUUUUGGAGACCGCUACCUCGGAUCCGAAGCCGCGGCUCAGGACCUGCAAAUCGCCAAGGAUAUGGGAUACAAGGCAUCUGUCUACAAGCCAGACACUCAGCUCGCCGGACAAGUCGACGAAGCCAAACAGUGGCGUUGCUCUUUCCUCCUCAACCUCAUCUUUGGCCUGCCGACGAUGUUCACAAUGAUGGUCUUCAUGUUGUUUUCGCCGCACGAUGGAACCCCCAGCGGUGGUUACUGCCCACCCUCUCCGAACGACACCGAGCACGUCCGCGGCCACGGCUCGCACCUCAUGGUAUUGCCGGGUCUCUCGUGGGAGAAUCUCAUCCUGUGGAUACUCGCAACACCAGUCCAGACAAUAAGCGGCCGUCACUUCUACGUACAGGCGUACAAGUCGUUGAAGCACGGAAUGGCCAAUAUGGACGUUCUCCUGGUGAUGGCCUCCACGGUGGCCUACGUGUACUCGGUCGUUGUGGUCGUGACGGCCAUGAUUCAACGCUGGCCUACCAGUCCACGCACCAAAAAGACUUCUGACGCUGUGUCGAAGUUGGUUUCUCUGCAAGCCAAAGUGGCCACUUUGAUGGAGCCAUCGGCAGGAUUCGCGGACGAAAUGGUCGCCGAAAACCUUCAAAGCUACCACGAGCGAAACGUCCCCGUCGAACUGGUGCAACGCGGUGACAUUGUCAAGAUUUUGCCUGGCGAAAAGGUGCCCGUUGAUUCUCGAGUUGUGCUCGGCGACUCCUCGUGUGACGAGUCGAUGCUCACCGGAGAGUCGAUGCCCGUUCCAAAGAGCGCUGGCAGCGUUGUUUUUGGCGGGACAAUUAAUCUGUCCAGUCUGCUCUACGUGCAAGCAACCCACCUCGGCAGCGAAUCAGCUCUUGCCAAGAUCAUCUCGCUCGUCGAAGACGCUCAAUCAUCCAAGGCCCCGAUUCAACAACUGGCGGACAAAAUUUCCAGCUUUUUCGUACCCUGCAUCAUCGUAUUGUCGCUCGCAUCCCUAGUCUUUUGGAUUACUCUCGGUUUCCUACGACCUUCAUCCAUUCAUGGAUACACCCCACUGUGUUCUCUGACAGGUGCGGUGUUGGAUCACGCCUUCCGUGUGGCCGUCAACGUGCUGACCAUCGCCUGUCCCUGCUCCCUCGGACUGGCCACGCCAACUGCCGUCAUGGUGGGGACCGGAGUUGGUGCUCUCCACGGCAUCCUCAUCAAGGGCGGCCAACCGCUGGAGAACCUGCGCAAAGUGACAACAGUCCUCUUCGACAAAACCGGAACAAUCACACUAGGUCGACCAGAGAUCUCGAGAAUCAUCAUGUUCAUCCCGUCCACUGGCUCUGACACCAGUGGGACGAACCAGACAGCAGACCUCAGUCCCUCCAUUUCGCCCAGUCGUCUGCUCUACGUCGUGGGUAGCGCAGAGUCCACUGCCCAGCACCCCAUCGCCACGGCCAUUGUCCGAAUGCUUCGCAGUAUUCAAUCAGCUCCAGGCAGCCAACUCAACACCAACUCCUGGAAGUCGGAAUUCGCCACGGUAUCCAACUCACAGACCCUAGCAGGCUAUGGAAUGUCGUGCGAUGUUACCGUGACACCUGGAGACUGUCCAGCUGGACCGGAACUUCCACAGCCUGCACCACCGUCACCGAGGCAACAGCCUGGGGAGUGCAUCGAUUACGACGCUGCCCUACGCAAGGGCGUAGUCAUGCCAUCCAUGGAUCUCAAUCGUCUCGUGCGCGAAGACGAAGAAGAGGAGGGACGCACGGUGGUCCACGUCGCCAUCAAUGGACGUCUUGUCGCGCUGCUCUGCGUCUCCGAUCCGAUCAAGCCCGAGGCGACUCUGGCCGUGGCAGCGCUGAAGGAGCGAGGCAUUCAUGUGGCCCUUCUGACCGGCGACAACGCUCGGUCGGCCAAGUCCAUCGCACGAAAGGUUGGCAUUCGCGACGUCUACAGUGAGGUGGUGCCGGCGCACAAGGCAGCCCAAGUUAGACGAAUUCAACUCCGCCACGUGAAGGGCAACAGGCCACGCUCCUCGGCUCUGGCUACUCGACCAGCUCAACGCCGCGGCUACGGACCUUCCAAGUCCAAACUGUCGGCGACCGUCAAUGGCAAGUUGAAAGGCGACCACAACGGUGAUUUGGAGGUGGAAGAGGAACGCGUGUCCUUCCUUCAAGCCGAGAAGCCGGUUGAUUUUUCGGAUUCCGAAACAGAGGAGGAGGAGGUGGAGGAGAACGACGACGACCACUCAGUAGCCCUCGGCAGUGGUGGCGGCGCAGCGACAACCCUAGGUCGCAAGCGAUUCUUUAACGACCGAAAGGGAAAGUACGCCGCCAUAGGGCGACGCCAUGGCCACCGAUGGACCAGUCGUCGACGCUCUCUUUGGCAGGGUAGCAAUUUUUACACCUAUUUGGCUCCUUAUCUUGAAGUCUCUGAUGCCAAAAGUACAACGGGAUGGUCGUCGUCGACUCAACAGGACCGCGAGUACGUGGCGAUGGUUGGCGACGGGAUCAACGAUAGUCCGGCGCUGGCGCAGGCCGACGUUGGAAUCGCGAUUGGUUGCGGCGCCGACAUAGCCGUGGAGACGGCUGACGUUGUCCUGGUGCGCGAUAACCUCGUUGACGUGCUGGCUGCCAUCUCGCUUUCCAGUGUUACUGUGCGGCGGAUCCGUCUGAAUUUCUUCGCCGCCCUCAUCUACAAUGUCGUUGCUAUUCCCAUAGCGAUGGGUCUUUUAGCGCCUUUGGGAAUCGAACUCGCCCCAUGGAUGGCAUCUGCAGCCAUGGCGGCCUCGUCUGUGUCUGUUGUUUGUCUUUCGCUUCUGCUUAAGCGUUGGAAGAAGCCAACUGAAUCGUCACUCGUUUCGCCCCGUUACCUGAGAUUGCUAAAUCAUAGUGGCCUCUCUACAGAUCAGGUAUUACCGUCUACUUUUGCUUCUUAA